AUGGACCCUCCUGUCGAAGACUCGGUUGUGCGUACUGGAGAAAACCGCUGGUCGCUCGGUUCCCUCUAUGUCUGCGAGCUUGUCUACGAUGUCCCUAACGACGCUAUGGCAAGUUGGGAAGCCGAUGGAAACACAUAUUGUAUUCGCAAAUCCUCCAAAGAUGAACAGCCAUCAACCGUAUUAGGCGAUUCAGGAAGCAAUCGCAUCCAUCACGCGGGCACUUCAGCAGCAGUUUGGAAUAUUGCCGGCACAUAUAUAAAAGCAAAAUCCUGGCUACCCGGUAUGGAGCUUGAGAGCGACACCAUCCAAUACGUUAAGCGCAUUUCCUCAAUUCCAAUACCUGAGAUUAUCUUCUCCUGGGUAGAUGUGGAGUGGGAUCGUACCUUCCUAGUUUUGAAAGCCUUGAAAGGACGAACACUGGACCAAGUAUGGGAAUCACUGUCUGCUAAUCGACGCAUGGAAAUUGCAGACAAGGUUGCACAAUUUUGCAGAACACUCGCUUUGUCAACGUCAGAAAUGCUAAUGACUGCAAAUGGAAAUGCUGCUCUAGAACCCUUCUUGACCAGCCUCCCUCCAGCCUCGGAACCAUCGUGGAAGCCGCGAAAUUUGGGUCCUUUUUCCUCCUGCCAACUAAGGUCUUACCUCUCGAAACCUACAGUUCUCGAUGAUAUAGAUUUAUUCCAUUUCUAUCAUGCGGACCUCGGACCAUCAAACGUUAUAGUCACGGAUGAUGGCAGCAUUGUUGGUAUUAUUGACUGGGAGUCUGCUGCAUUCUAUCCAAAGUUUUGGCUAGGCACGAAGCCACUUGUCUCUGUUGGGUUCACUGUUCGCGGAGCAGAAAAGCGGGCUUGGGCAGUUCUUUUAGCAAGUUCUCUUGAACGAGUGGGGUUUUCGCCGGAUUUGGACAAAUAUGAGGCAUGGAAAAAGGCAAUCGGGAAAUGA